CUGGCUCAUCUAUUCCAUCGCCUUCACGCCCAAGGUGGUGCUCAUCCUGGGCACGUCCAUUCUGGACCUCAUCGAGCUACGCGCUCCCUUCGGCACCAUGGGCUUCCGCCUCACCAUGGCGCUGUCCGUGCCCCUGCUCUACAGCCUGGUGCGGGCCAUCAGCGAGGCGGGCGCCCCCCCUGGCUCGGCGGGACCCCUGCUCCUGCAGCCCCAGCAGCACCGCGCCGCCGGCUGCUUCCUGGGCACGUGUCUGGACCUGCUAGACAGCUUCACCCUGGUGGAGCUGAUGCUGGAGGGCCGCGUGCCGCUACCCGCGCACCUGCGCUACCUGCUCAUCGCCGUGUACUUCCUCACCCUCGCGUCGCCCGUGCUCUGGCUCUACGAGCUCAACGCCGCCGCGGCAACUUCGUCUUGGGGCCAGGCCUCGCGUCCCGGCAGCUGCAGCCGCCUUCUGCGCCUGCUGGGCGGCUGCCUGGUGGACGUACCCUUGCUGGCGCUGCGCUGCCUCCUGGUGGUGAGCUACCAGCAGCCCCUCUCCAUCUUCAUGCUCAAGAACGUCUUCUUCCUUGGCUGCCGCGGCCUGGAGGCCCUGGAGGGCUGUUGGGACCGAGGGAGUAGGGCCUCCCCCCGUCGGGCCAGAGGAGGCUACGGCGCUCCGCCCUCUGCCCCACCGCCGCCGCCGCCACCUCAGGGAGGCUCGCAGUUGGGCCACUGCAUCUCGGAGAAUGAGGGAGGGGCCCAUGGCUAUGUCAACACCCUGGCUGUGGCCUCCCAGAAUUGAGGGAGAUAAGGGCUUGAGGGGCUGGAUCUUGGGUUGAGAGACCCAGAUCCCUUGUCCUCAGACCUUCCCUCACCCAGAUAUGAUCAGGCUGUGUUUGGAAGAGGUAACUGCUAAUAGGGCUAAGGGCCGGUGUGUCCUUCUGCACCCCUUGAGUCAAGACUGCUUGGAGGGAGACCAAGUAGCUAAUGGUGAGGGAGGAAAGUCCACUUACCCUAGUCUCCCUUCUCCAUGCCCUAUCCUAAUCCUAGCCUCCAAAGGGCUGGACACCUCUGCUUCUUGUUAUUCC